ACCACCGGACGACGUAAGGGCGGAAGAUGAACUCAAAGCGAGAAGGAGAGUGCACACUGCUCCCGAAGCAGAUGACGUCGGGACCUGGCAGCAAUCACCCUCGGCAGUAUCGUCGCGAUCGUCCGCGGCAGGGUUCUCCAUCGGUGUUAGGGAUGUGUUUCGUUUGAGAAGCCUCGCGGAAAAUCCGGGGAAACUCCAGGAACUGGAGAUCGGUACAUCGAUUUUCCUUGCGCACGGAAGAUCUCCUCCACGUACUCGUGUUCGUAUUUGAUAACGGGUAAUGGGACUCGAAGGAAAAGUGGAAGGAAAAGUGGGCGUUACGAACAGUGAACCACCUGUGAAUCGAUCUAUAAAAAAUAAUCGACGAUUGUUUAUUGGCCUUCUUCCGCUUUGUUUCCCGCCCUUGUUUCCCACACGUUUCGAGUAACUAUCGAAAGUCGAAGAGAUUUCGCAGGGCCACUAACUUGGCAAUCUACUCCUUCAUCGGGACCUGUUCACCUGAACGACACUACCACUGAAAUAUGAUCAAUGACUAUUUGAUGUUUUGAAAACGAUCAACAAAAUGAAGUAUUUGAAGUUCGUUCUAUUUACGUUCAACUUAUUGAUAUGGUUGGCUGGAUGGACGGUACUGACGAUAGGAGCAUGUUUACUAUGCGAGCCAAGCAAAGGAUACUUGUUAAACCUUUUCGUACCCGACGCCACCCCACACGAGACUAUCAACCUAAUCGCUUACAGUUUGCUGGGUCUCGGUUGUACGGUGCUGACGGUCGGUUUCUUUGGAUGUCGCGCUGCUCUUCAUGGAAAUCAAUGUAUACUGGCUACCUACAUGAGCAUGCUUGUGGCACUGAUCGUCACCGAACUUGUCACCGCUGCUGUUGGUGGACUGAUGACAUUUCAAAUACUUUCCGGCUUGGAGGAGCGGCUGAUUAACAAGUUGGUCGUCGAUUAUGGUCACGAAUCGACCAGCGACAUCCCCUUCAGCCACAGCCUCGACUUCGCGCAAUAUAAGUUCAAUUGCUGCGGAAUAUAUGGAUAUGGGGACUACAAUGGCACAGCAUGGUGGAGAGAUGCGCAAAUUUCGGGGAACAGGAGGCAAGUCCCGCUCACCUGUUGCGUUUUGAAAAACGUAGAGGUAGUAAAUACGGAAAGUCCAAUGAGCGUCGUGUCAAGAGUGUUUAACAAAGAUACCGAAAAACCGUGGCUAAACCCGAAACCAAUAGACGAGGUAGCAUGUCAAGUGGAAGACGAAGAAGGUCAUGAUGGAUACCGGCAUAAAGAGGGCUGUCUCCCUAAAGUUACGAGUUGGUUACAAUGCGAGAGCUUCACAUUAGUAUUUCUGGGCAUGGCGAUGGCUGGUAUACAAACAUUCGGUAUAAUAACUUCGGCUUUCCUUUGUCGAACGAUAAGGGACAUGCAAGCGGAUUGAGAUGCCAAAACUAUAAUACGAAACGAAGGAGAAACCAAUUUCCAGUUCCCAGUUCGAUUGGGCUUAAGAGGAAAUCAAAUGCAUUAUUUUAACGUUUCAUCUGAGUUUCAACGAUGCUGCAGUCGAAAAUCGAUCGAGGGAACAACGAUUCACGUGAUAAUAAAUAAACAUUCCGAGAAAAUUUCGCGGGAGAUUCAACGAAACAGAAUUCCUGCAGAAUUUCUGGCAGAUAGCUUAUUUUUAAGAACAUUCGAUGGUUGCAACGUUUAUUGUAGAGUAUUGUAGAGUAUUGAAAGCCGUGCUUUCUCGUAACCAUCCCGUCCCUUGUAUGUGUGCGUGUGUCUCGUUACAAAAUAUCGCGCGAAAUUCGAACGAGAGAGAUACGAAUAUUUACAAUAUUACAAUAUUAAGAAUAUUAUAAUAUUAAUAUUACAAUAUUAAGAGUAUU